AUGCCUGUACAGGAAGUUCGCUUUGUGAAUUACAAGGCGCUCAAAAAGCUCAUCAAGAAGCUCUCUGCUACCCCGACGCUGAGCGCCCAAAAUGACCCUCGCUUCACUCCCACGCCGGUGGACACCCAAGUUGCCUUGCAGGCAAACAAAGCAAAGUUCUUUUUUCAACUGGAACGAGAGCUCGAGAAGGUCAAUGCAUUUUACCUUCAGAAGGAGGCUGAACUGAAAAUCCGGCUUAAAACGUUGCUGGAUAAGAAGAGGGUUCUGCAGUCUCGCCAGGGCGUAUCUAGACGGUCGGCCAAAUUCACGACGUUGGAAGAAGGAUUCCAACAAUUUGCAAACGAUCUGAAUAAGCUUCAGCAGUUUGUCGAAAUCAAUGGGACUGCCUUCUCGAAGAUCCUUAAAAAAUGGGAUAAGACCUCCAAGUCUAAGACGAAGGAACUAUAUCUCUCCCGCGCUGUAGAGGUGCAGCCGUUCUUCAAUGCCCCGGUUAUUAGCGAACUCUCAGACCAAGCAACAACUAGCUUACAAGAGCUUGGGGCGUGGUCAGAUGGGGACCAUGUCUCGUUUGAAGCUCGGUCGGAACACAUGGUGAGUAGCCAACAUCUCCUCGGAACGGAUGAAGGCGACGCAGAUAGCCUGCUACUCGAUACAGCAAUUAGUGGCAACCUAGAGUCUCUAAGAGACUUGGUAUCAAGAAUGAGAGCUGGUUCCAGUUCUCCAUCGGGGAAGGAUAUCUCCCUGAUGGAAAGAGUAACCCGUACCUUUCUCGCUGCUAUUCACGAGGCGCCACAGGCUUCUCUUGAAGUUCUAUUGGAGACUGGGCUCGUCGACGUUCGAUCCGAAGAUGACAUCAACGAGCGAAACUGCCUCCACCAGGCCACCAUCUACGGGAAUUCGUUUGUCUUAGACGUCGGUCUCGCAGGAGGGGUUGAGGUUAGCAGAACUGACGUCUAUGGACGUGUACCGCUUCAUUAUGCAAGCAUGCAUGGGCGGUUGGACAUGCUUGAGCAGCUUCUUCGAGCCGAUCCGACGACAAUCGACCUUAUAGACCACGACAAUUUUACUCCGUUAAUCCACGCUAUCAUCCAUGGCCACCUUACAUGCGUGCACCGGCUUCUCGAAACCUCUUCCCGUCUAGAUCCUAAGUCGGAGACGGACCAUAUACCACUCAAUCUCGCCUGCGAGCAUGGCUCACUCAAUAUAGUCGAGCUCCUCCUGGAGCAUGGUGCCCAAAUACUUCCCGAUGCCGAAGGCUUGUACCCGCAACAUCUCGUAGCUCGGUCGGGCCAGACGCCUCGAUUACUCCGAUUGCUGCAGAACUAUGGUGCCGACUUGGAUCAAGUCGAUAAGCUCUACGGCUGGACCCCGCUGGUACAUGCGGCGAGCGAAGGGAAUGUGCCUUGCUUAGAGGAGCUUUUGAAUGUAGGCGUUGAUCCAAAUAUCGUCGACGAGAAGGACUUGCCUGCAAUGUACUAUGCAGCCUGGGAAGGUCAUCUGGAAUGCAUACAGAAGCUUACACCGUACCAAAGGGGCAAAGCAGAGAGUCCCCUGAUGAUGCAAACGACCGGUUCUCUUCUUGCCCCUAUGGGGAGUGGAAAUAGUCCUAUCCCUAUGUCGCUCGAUGUCGACGCUAUUCCUAUCCUUGAACUUCCGCCACCUAUAAUACCUCUGAGACGCUACGGUCAUAACUUCCUCGACACCAAGGCUGUGAUUCAAAUCAGCUUCCAGGAAGAAGGAGACCAGCCAUUAGUGUUCUUCCACGACAGCAAAUACCCAGCCGCGCGACUAACCAUCUCUUCCAAAGCAUCAGACCUCAUUCCUAAGAAUAUCAUAUUACCUUUUCAAGAAGAUACCCGACUCGUAUCUUUCCAGGUCGACAAUCUUGACACUUUCACCCUUGAUUUUGACGUCUUUCCUACUUACGGCGCGAAAGUAAUUGCAAAGACGGUUGCUCUCCCAAAUACGUUUCGAGCUUCCUGGAGCAGCUCGGGGAAAUGCUGCCUCCCGUUGUUUGACCCCAGGCUCCGGGCUAUUGGCCAGAUCAUAUUCAAUACCCAAGUAAUCAAGCCCUUCCAAGGCACUCCGUUGGAGAUAACAGAUUUCGAGACGUAUUGGAAGGCUACGAGUCAGCUGGACAAAAACCCAAACAUGUUUGUCACCGGUUCGAGCUUGUCUGGCGACUUUGUUCAGCUAUACGUUCAACAUACUAGCGAUGGUAUCCCUGUUGUAUGGCCGCAGUGGAUGAUACAAUGCGGCGGCAUCGACGUAUCAAUCUCACGGUUAUCAUACGAGCAAUUCUCUACGGUUACAGCCUCUAAUUUUGGUCGAACUCAACUUCAUCUAAUACCCUCGCACGGCCUUAAUAACAUUGCCGAGGUUCAUCGAGCUCUCAACACGGCAGGAGUUUCCUUGGAGCAAGCCCUCUCCCUGCUCCCUAAUUCGAUGCAUGUCAACCUGCAGAUUAUCUACCCGUCAGAAGAGGAAGAGAGAAGACUCGGAUUAGGGCCGACUGUGAACGUAAACAGCUUUGUGGAUUCCAUACUAACCAUGGUUUUUGACCACGCGAGAGAACAACGAGCGCAAACGAUGUCGGCUCCUGAUACAGUUAGGUCGGUGGUGUUCAGCUCUUAUAACCCGACGAUUUGUACAACGUUGAACUGGAAGCAACCCAACUUUCCCGUUUUCCUAUGCAACGACCUCGGCCGGGAAGACGUUAUGCUUUCGCCGAGCAUGAUCCAGAGUAGCGGACGAAGGACGUUUUCAGUUAAGGAGACGGUGAGAAUAGCACAGGGUAACAACUUUAUGGGGCUCGUUUGCUGUUCCCGACUGCUGAACAUGGUCCCCGCGCUCGUGGAUGCGAUAAAGUCGCAUGGAUUGGCGUUGGUCGUAGACAAAUCAGCCGAAGAGGCCACAGAGCCACACACGCAUGCGGAUGCAUUCCCGGUUCCUAAGGGUGUUGAUGGUAUACUGAAAGGUAAUGGGGUCUUAAGAUUUAACGAGUCUAUAGAUGUAUAG